AGUGCUUUCCACAAGCAGUCGGCAGAGACAGCGUACACAGUGAGCUAAGAACAGGACCAGCCAUGAAACUUACGACUAUCGCCCUAGUGUGUUUGGCAGCGGCCGUGGUUACACACGCCGAUCCCGAACCACACAAGUACCACCACUACCCCUACUACCAUUACGAUCCUCUCUACCACGACGUCGAGCCACUGGAGGGCGAUGGAGUAGCCAGGCAUCCAAGUGGCGGCACCUCCUUCGUGGCACCUCAAGUUCACGGCCUCACUAAACGCUCAGCUAACCCCAUACCCGAAGCUAACCCUGAACCAACAGCUGACCCGGAUACCGCCAAUAGUUAUAGUUACCAGGUAGUCCAUCAUGGCCAUCCCCACUAUGGAUACCACCAUGGAUAUCGCUACCCUUACAAUGGCUAUCGCUACAACCACUACUAUGGUUAUCCUCACAGAUACCACAGUCACCACAAGAGAUCAGUCGAAUCUGAACCCGAACCUGAACCUCAUUAUAGCUAUUACGGACGCCCUCACUACUACAACAGAUACUACCACGGUUACCGUCACUAUUACCCUUACUACGCCGGCUACCAUUACCGCUAUAGAGGGUAAGAUAGAAGAAAGACAUGGAUUAUGGUAAACCUUGUGGCGAAGGUCCUUUAAAAUGUGCCUGAUAGUCCGGUUUGCUCACG